CGUUGCUGUAGACUCAUAACAUGGAUUGACUGCCAGCAGUAGAUUUCAUUCUGGACGAUCAUUUGCACGACCAUAGUAUAUAGACUUCCAUUUGUUUUGGUACACACACAAUCAUUGGCCCAAGGCUUGCGUUUGCUCACCGACUUUGGAAAUAAAAGGACAGAACAUCGUCAACUGCUCUGAAAAAGUCAUAUUUCUAUUACAAGGAGUCCUACGAGGAUAGAUCUGCAUGAUGACAACCAUGCAAGCAGGCCCAAAUCCAGACGGCUCCCAGCCCGUUGUAUGUGUCUUCUGUGCUUCUUCACCAGGCAAAAAUCCUGUUCACCUAGCAUCUGCCCAGACGUUGGGCAAGGCGCUGCAUGAAGCAGGCUACAGUCUCGUAUAUGGCGGAGGAACGAUGGGCAUCAUGGGCGAGUUGGCGAAGACAUUGGUCUCAUUAUCCGGCCCAAAAUCGGUCCGGGGAAUCAUCCCUCGCGCGUUGAUUCGGACCGAGUUGGAUCCUUCAAAGCGGAACGAGACCAGUCAGAAUGGUGCGCGAAAGGUCGAACGGACUAUGUCAGCAGAGGAGCUCGAACGCAUUGACAGCAACGAAGAUCCAGACAGUAAGAUCGUGCCCGAGUCAGAGUUCGGAGCCACCACGAUCGUACCGGAUAUGCACACUCGCAAGCGCAUGAUGGCUCAGUGCGUUGAAGCUGGGGGAUCAGGAUCAGGAUUUGUAGCUCUGGCAGGAGGAUAUGGCACGCUCGAGGAGGUCAUGGAGAUGGUGACUUGGAAUCAAUUGGGCAUUCACAAGAUACCAAUUGUCCUGGUCAAUGUCAAUGGCUACUGGAAUGGACUGUUGGAUUGGGUCAGGAACAGUAUUAGAGAAGGUUUCGUCAGUGAAGGUGCCGCGAAUAUUCUGGUCGAGGUCAAGAGUACGGACGAGGUUGUUCAGGCAUUGCGUGGAUAUCAGCUGGCUCCAGGACGAUACAAGCUGGACUGGACCAUGGAAUAGACAGACAAGCAAUGAUAGACCCAAAAACAUGGAAAAUGAGAAUCAUCAUCGACUCUUUGCCCC